UCUGUUAUUUACUUGAGAGCGCGCAGCAAGCAUUUUUCUCUGUUUUCAUAUUUAUUAUUGCUCUUAUCGUAUUCUUUAAAAUGUCAAACUCAUUCAAACACUGCAAAUUUAACGGCAAUGUCCAGGUUACAAUAAAUAUAAAAAGAGAAAGAUGUAUGCUCAAAGAGAUCAUUUCUCAAAGCCCACAGUUAUCGAACUCAUCGGUUUCUUCCGUAAAACGAUAUAAGAAAAUAAAUCACUUUAUGGGCAGGGGACAGAAGGAGUGGAAAUCAAAGGAGGAACUUUUCGUCGAAAACAUAAAUGUCACAGAGGUGCUCAAGAGAUUUAGAAAGCAGUCGAUAGCUGAAGCUGACAAAAACAAUGAUAUAAAUUGCUUAAGAAUCCUUUCUCUAUCCCACAUUUUCCUAAUCAAUAAGUUUGAUUCCAAAAAAUGUAUUACAAAAUAUUUUGACUCUGAUACUCGCAAUAUCUUAAAGUCACUAUCUGGAGGCAUGAAGCCCAAAAUAAUUCGUGCACCUGCCAAGGCAGUUAUAUACUGUAAGAAAGAAGCCGAUGAAGAAGAGAAUGAUGAUGAUGAUAGUGGGGAAGAAGAGAAGGAAGAUGAAGAAAAAGAAGUCAUGCUGAGUAUGGUCAAAGACCUCGUCAAGAACAUGAAAGAAUACCGCGCUUCUGCUGCCAAUAAUUCAGAAGCUUCAUUCACCGACAAGUACUUAACACCAGUAAUUCAAAGAGUACUUUUGAAAAAUGCUAGUGAAGAACUAUACUAUGCUUUGAUCGACAAGCCUUGUAAGAAUAAAAAGAAGCCAGAUUCAAUGUUUGGAACUAGAGUCAGAAACAAAGAGAUUUUCUUCUUUUUUAUUGAGAUUAAGAGACCUGAAGCAACAAGCAAAUAUCAGCUAGAAGACGACUAUGCUAAGCUGAUGAAGCUGAUGAAAGGUUCUCUAGAUGAUCAGUUAUGUCUUGGAGUAAAAGACCCUUUAUCUCUUGGUCUGCUAGUUGAAGGCUUCAAAUGCACCCUGUUCCAAAUGAGGCUUCCUGCUGAUGGAAUAUACAUGCCUAUGGCAUUUGAACGCUUCUCUUUGGUUGAAGAACUUCACCAACUGGUACAUUUACCUUCAAUUGUCGAAGCUCUAUACUAUGUUAAGUGCGAGCUUGCGAAGCUUAUUGAAAAGGUAAACCAGCAAAGAAAAAGAGAAGACAAGCGAGCCGGGAAAGAGCGUGUGUGCCUUUCUUUUGAAACCAAAUUCGUGGCAAAGAACAAUAAAUAGUUUUUGUUUCUGU